CGGACAACCCGAGGCCGCGUUUCCGGCGCGCGCCGCCCGCCCUCCCGCCGGCCCUUUUGCGGCGUUUCCCCUGCGCGGCGCGCCGCCGGGGCGGGCGCUGAAGAGGCCGGGUAACAGGUCUUCUUCGGCAGCGGCUCGGCCCUCGGCCUCGGCUCGGCCCACGUUCCAGAGCCUCCGGGCUGCAGCCCAUUAGCCGGCCGCGCCGGUCCCGGCACCGCCGAGGCAGGAGAAAUGGGAGUCCCUCCGCGGCGUUCCUGGAGCAGCGGCAUUCGUCAGGGAAGCGGCUGUGUCCUCGAGGAAACCGGAAGCCCGCGGUGACCCCUGGCGACCCGGUUUGUUUUCGGUCCGUUUCCAAACACUGGGGAAUCGAAACUGGGCGGCCCCACGGAGCCUGUGUUCUGGCUGUCAUGGAUGCACUGGUGGAAGAUGAUAUCUGUAUUCUGAAUCACGAAAAAGCCCACAGGAGAGACCCAGUGACUCCAGUCUCCAUAUAUUCAGGAGAUGAAUCUGUUGCUUCACAUUUUGCCCUCGUCACUGCAUAUGAAGACAUCAAAAAACGACUUAAGGAUUCAGAGAAAGAGAACUCUUUCUUAAAAAAAAGAAUCAGAAUUUUGGAAGAAAAGCUUAUAGGAGCUCGAAAGGAUGAAGAAACAAGCUCUGUGGGACGGGAACAAGUAAAUAAAGCCUAUCACGCAUACCGAGAGGUCUGCAUUGAUAGAGAUAAUCUGAAAAACAAACUGGAUAAAAUGAAUAAAGACAACUCUGAAUCUUUGAAAGUGUUGAAUGAACAGCUACAAUCUAAAGAAGUAGAACUCCUCCAGCUGAGGACAGAGGUGGAAACUCAGCAGGUGAUAAGAAAUUUAAAUCCUCCUUCAUCAAACUGGGAGGUGGAAAAGUUAAGCUGCGACCUGAAGAUCCAUGGUUUGGAACAGGAACUGGAACUGCUGAGGAAAGAAUGUAGAGAUCUCAGAAUAGAGCUGCAGAAAGCCAAACAAACGGAUCCAUCUCUGGACGACAAUCUGAACUGCAGAGAUCUGCAGAGACUGAGCGUUUCAAGCACCCCCUCUUCAUGGACACGUCCACCCAAUGAAACACACACAUUUGACUUCAUUGUUGGAUCGUUCGGCUUCCAGAAUUUACUGAAUGAUCUCAUACCUAUUCCUCCUAUCAAACACCCAGUGGAGAGAAGUGCUCAGUUGGGAAAAGAGCUGAAUGAAAGCCUGUGUAGCCCCUCCAGCGGCAGGGCCGCAGCCCCUCUCCAGCCGCAGGGCCGCAGCCCCUCUCCAGCCGCAGGGCCGCAGCCCCCUCUCCAGCCGCAGGGCCGCAGCCCCUCUCCAGCCGCAGGGCCGCAGCCCCUCUCCAGCGGCAGGGCCGCCCUCUGCAGGUGUGGGGCCCGGCAGUGCUGUAGGCGCCGUAGGCCGGAAGCUGCUCAGCCCCGCCCUGCCUCCACUUGACGCCUUCCACCUCUGUCGACACUCACAGCAAGGAAGCCUUUCCUUUCUAAAACACGCGCCUAGUACACUGUCCUUGGGAAUUGUUUUUCAAAGAUGUCUUCUGUGUCAGACUUCCCAUUUUUCCUGUCAACCUAGGUUUCCCUGUAGUAAUUUAUUGUAUUUGUCAUUUUUACAAGCUUUCUUAAACCGUUUUUUGGAAAGAGGCAUGUUAGAAUCAGAGUAGGUCAAAUAAAGGGGCUUAUGUAAAUACUUUCUUAGAAGUGCAUGGUAUAGAACAGGCUUCCGUAUCCGUUCAUGGGCAAUGUUACAUGAUUGGGGUCACUUCUUUUGAGAAUAACGGGAAAAGCUGCCCCCCACCCACCAAAAAGAUGUGUUUGAAGGCACCGUAGCACUGACAAGACAGAGAAGGCUCUCUGCAGGCUUUGGAAGAGGGAGGCAGCCGCAGGAGGUGAGUCUGACUUCUGAGGCUAUAGAACUGUAUAAUUGUGGCUUCAAAGUACUCUUUUGAGUUUUCUAAAGCUCAGUAGUAAUUCAGGGGAUAUCAACUAAGAGAAACAGAGUUUAGAAUUCAGUUCAGUCUAAGAGUUUUUUCUGUGUUAAAGAACUGUAUGAUUAAAGCGAGCCCUAAUGGCUCCCCAUGCCCAGGCCCGUUUGUGCUUUUUUGCAAACCCGUAGCAGUGUGGAUUGUGGAACUGACCGCUUUUCCGUCUUCUGGUUAAGCAGCUAGAAAAUUAAUAACCAGAUUUGUGACUUACCUUUGGUAAACUUAAUACCAUGCAUAAAAUUUUAUGUAGUCUUAUUCCUAACUGCGUCUUAUCUUGUUUUUUCCUUCAAUUUAUCAUUUAUACCUAUGUCCAGUUUAUAGUCCUGUUUCAUUAAUCUUUGCAAGUUACAUCAUCCACUUUUAAAUGGAAUAAUUCAGAUGAUAAAUUAAGUCUACUAUAUAAGGAGAGAGAAGUACAUAGCAUGUUUCCAUAAAACCAUUAGCUACCAGUUUAGGUAUUUUUAAGGAUUAUUUUCCAUUUAUUUGGAAAACUCUUUUUUUUUUUUUUUUUUUUGCAUGUCCUCAUCAUGUUGCAGGGUGAACGAGGUGAUACAGUAUUAUUCCUGAGUGAACCUUUGAAUUACUGGAGGCCUUUUUAUGGUCCUCGUUGUAUACAUGUCAUUCAACAAAAAUUGCCCUACCUGUCAGAAACUUGGCCACUGCCCUGCUAGUGUGCUGGCUAGGGUUACCUGUAGGUUAUUGCCCUCAAUUCUGAAGCCAGAUCUAGGUGUGGGGUCACUUCAAUGCACAUUCUUGGUUUCCAAGAUAGGGAAUAUGUUGGUGUUUUUCACACUGUGCUGUGUUGCCUUAAUGAUCGUGAAAUUUUAUGAGUUAAGCAUUUUAAAAAUAGAGAAUAAAACAGAAUAGAACAUACCAGAGUGUGGGAUGCAGGGUAAAAUGAUUGCCUGUUGUGCCUUACAACUAAAAAUAUUUGAAAGAAGCUUUUUUGAGGAAAUCACAGUCAUCUAAACAUGCUUUCCUAAGUCCUGAGUUCUUGGCUGAGACUGUCCCGUACUUUCAUUUUAAUUCCUCUGGGGAAUCGGAUAGUUCAGUAAAUUUUCAAAAGCUAAAGAAAAAUAGGACUCAAGUAAAAAGAUUUUCUUGUAGAAGGCACAUUUGUUUCAGUAUUAAAGAGUUGAAUGGACAGUGUCAGUUAAGAAAAUUGAGCUUUUACAGUUUUUACCAUGUAAGCUGGACGUCUGUCCACCCCUUGAGAUGUGGAUAAGGCGGGCUUCAUUAUGGUGUGGAAUUACAUACCUUCUUGGUGUGGGACCAAGAAGGUUGUGUCAGCAGUCAGUGUGAUGAAGAUGAAGCUGAGGAUGGUGUGAAAAUGUGACCCUAAAAUGGUGGCAGUCAGUCACGGGACUGGAUCACGAGAGGCCCUUUGCAUAGCAGCUUGUCGGAGUCGGGAAGUUCUCCUGCCCCCACUUCCUUGUGUCCUGUGAGCCCCCAGGCCGCCAGGCUGGGGUGAGGGGUGAGCUGCCUGUCCAGCAUGUGGGACCUGCCCAGCCACCGUUACCCUCAUGUCUCAUGUCGCUUCUGCUUUGUCAUUUACGGUUCUCAUUCAGGAUACUUGGGUGUUGCAUCUCACUGUUAAGGUCGUUUUUAUGAGUUCUUUAUAGACAAUUCUAUCAUUAGGAUUUUGCUGAAGACUUUAAUAUUAACUGUAAAGCGUAAAGUAACUGCCAUUACUUUGCUAUCCACAAGAGGGAGAGCUUACACUUAGUAAUAAUUAGAUCUUUAUAUCUGUAGUUUUCAAUUCAGGUGACAUUCAAGGCAAAUGAAAAAGAUUAGUAGACGUAUGUUAAACUUGGUGACCUAGUUUCUAGUUUAACCUAAUUUAUAAGCAGUCUUUACUAAAUUGAAUUGGAAAAUGCGUAUUAGAGCUGCCCCAACACCUCUAUUAUUUUUGUUUCUCUUUUACUUUAUUCAAGUAGCCUUGUUGAAUGAUGAGGUGUUCGAUACUCCAGUAUCCACACAUUGUCUUGAGUACUGUAUUUGCUUUUCUCCAAGUCAGGUACUGAUUUACCAUCACACGUCAAUAAUAAAUGCUGUUUGUAAGCUGUAUGGUUCAUGUCAUGACUGCAUGUAUUAGCACAUGUACAGUGUUUACACACACUUAGCUGCUGUGUAACUUGAGUAACUCUUUUGGGGAAGCACAGUGAUGCCCAAAAUUGCAGCCAGGAACCCACGGCUCUUCACACUUAAGACAGUGCCUAUGUGAGACACGCAGAGUGGCACACAGCUCAGAUGCUGACUACUGAAGCAGAGGCGGUUCACUAAUUUUUGUGAUUCUCUCACACCUGUCAAAAACCUGAAAAA